AUGCCUAAGUUUGUACGGCGCCAGCCGCUCUGGCAACGCAUCAAAGCAUCACUGGACCUAUACGAUUUGGCUCUUUGGCUGUCUGAAGAACUUGAAUCUAAUGGCUGGGACCAAUUGGAGAAGGAAUGGGCUGUACCCAUCGCCAUUGCAUGCAACAUCUUGUUACUGAUUGCUCGCGCCAACUCAAGCCCUUCAGAACCUUAUGAUCCUGUUUUUGGGGAUGUUCCUGGCGUUGCUUGGACUGAGUGGCUGGCCACAUUUACUGUUCAUUCCCUCACCUUAUUCUCCAUCCUCAAUGCUUCAUAUACACUUCUCCGAAGAAGGCACUAUCGAUUGUUUGAAAAGUCGGUUGACGAGGUCCCUGGCACACCUUCCGCUAAGCGCGUAAGAGUUGACCCAUCUGCCGACUCGUCAGAUCCAAGAGACGUAUGGGAGCUCGCCGUGUGGGAUCCUUUGCCCAUCUGCCUCCAGCUAUUCUGCUACUUCAGCCCUGGCCACGUAUUAAUUUACUGGCUGUUUCUACCUACCUUGGCUUCCGACUCCCGGCCAAGCAUCACCAUUGUCAAAACAAUCUUCUUGAUUGUCCUCGUCACUGUACAACUAUCUCUAAUUCAGUCCAAUUACUCCACCCAGAUCAAAGAUAACGCAUACAUAUCAAAAGAAGUCCUCUAUGAAUAUGACAAGAAAUAUGUGAGACCUCGAUCUCAGCCGCUAUACCGCGAUGUGGGCACUCAAUUUAGUGAGAAGGCAUCAUAUAGCACUUCCCAUGAGGAUCAAUACAACAAGGUCGAAACCUACUCUCCGGUUUUUAUCAUCAAUCGAGGAUUCAAGACCAAUGCAAACCCAUACUACUCUCAAUACACGAACCCAGAUGGAGUAGCGGAUACCACCAACCUGCGACAGCCUCUAGCCACCCCAGACUUUCGAAGCCCAGCCAAAAACUCUGAUCUUGGUGGUUCUGCACUCCGACCUUUGGGCGCCAUACGACAGCCAAACUUUCGACCAACCUCGUCAGGAGGUGAGGGAGGCAGCCUUGGAGUGUAUUCUCACGCGGCGUCUCCCUUACGUAAGAGCGCCUCAACCAAUUUUCAGGCGCGAGGACAAGAAGGCGGACUUCGAGAUAGGUCGAAUUUCAGCCCUGCAAAGAGGUCCGUGAGUCCAGACAAGCGUAUGAGUGUACCGGCUGGCGGGAUCAAUACGUUGGCUGCGUCACAGAGAUGGGGACACUUGAAGCCUGACCGACAUCGCCGAGAGAGUGGUCGAUUCUAG